AAUAGCCAAAAAUGAUUAAAUAAAAAAAAAAAAAAACCAGUUAAAUACUUAAAUUAGAAACGCCAAGCAGGCAAAUGAACACAAAACACAACUCAAUUUCUUACUAGAAUUUCAACUUUUUCAUGCGCAACACAGCUAUAGUCUUUCCUCAAAAACACCAAACUCAACAAAGACUUUCAUCAUCAAAUCUCUCUUCUUCCUCCUACUCGUCCGUCAUCAAAACCAUGGCAGCUAAAAACUUAAAUUCCCAUCUGGGUCUCGCUUUAAUCUCUCUAUUCUUCCUCCUUUCAAUCCCCAAAUCUCUAUCAGAUCCUGAGUCUGAACCUGACCCCGAGCCUACGCCUGCCCCACCCACGGUCUGGGACAUCCUUCCCAAAUACGGCCUCCCAAGUGGCCUGCUACCCAGCACAGUCACUGACUACAGCCUCCAAAACGACGGUAGAUUUAUCGUCGUUUUGAAGAGCCCUUGCUAUGUUCAAUUCGAGUACUUGGUCUACUACGAAAAGACCAUCACCGGAAAACUGGGUUAUGGCUCCAUUACUGAUUUGAAAGGUAUUCAGGUGCAGCGCUUCUUCUUGUGGUUCGAUGUGGAUGAGAUCAAGGUGGAUUUGCCACCGUCCGAUUCCAUCUAUUUCCAAGUUGGAUUCAUCAACAAGAAGCUCGACGUUGACCAGUUCGAGACCAUCCAUUCUUGCCGUGAUGGGGUUAUGGGCUCUUGUGGGUAUUCUUGGAAAUCGGUUCUUCAGCUUCCAAUGCCUACAAACGAAAUUCAGAUGCUGAUUACAGAGUAGCUGUCACUGUGUGCUGUUGCUAAAUGGGAAAUCGGUAGAGUAAGCUUUUAUCUAUCAUUUGUGUAAGAAAAAAAAAAAAAGAAAGAAAAAGAAAGGGAGAGAAUUUAUUGGUGGUAGUUUUCAGACUCAAGAAUGAUGGGUCUGGCUAAAGCUUAUCUGCUUGUGUUAUAAGUACAUUGUCUAUAUAAUGGAAUUGUAUUUUAGUAGAA